UUCCCGGGGGGGGUAUACCCCCGGACACCCCUAGGGUGAUUUUGAUGACAUGCUUUUCGAAGAAGAGGUUGCUGUCCAAACUAACUCCUGAUGGUGUGGAUGUGUGAGGAGGGAGACAGAGUGAAUUUACAGAUGGUGAAGCAAAAGUUGUGCGAUGUAUGCAAGAGGAAUUUGGGACCGAUGAUGAUCGUGUCUGAUUUGUCACAGUUAAGUUUGAGAAAGUUGGUUUGCAUCCAUGAUUUAAUUUCACUGAGGCCAAUGGUCAAAGUGGAGUGAGUUGCCGUGGUGAUGAAUUUGGUGGGGAUGUAGAGCUGAACAACAUCGGUAAUGGCGUUACAUUGUCAGGUGUCAUUACAUAUCAGGAAAUUAUGACAUAGAAUAAAAUAGUUGCCAUACAUUAAGUUGUGCAACUUAACUUUGAGAACUACAUUUCACGCUGAGAGUGAGCUCUAUAGGCCUAUACGUAUAUAUAAGUUAUACGCAACCUAUUUUCAUUCAUAUAUUUGAAACAGCUCUGUUACACUAGGCUAGUAGAUGUUGAUCAUCUGUUUCUCCGUGAAGGGGAGAGACAGUAAGAGAGAGUAAAAGAGGUGCUCAACAAUCAGCUGUUUUUCCAAAGUUAGUUCUUUAGGCUGUAUUUUCAUAGAUUUUAAUCUGCUUUAUUGCAAUAAAUUCUGUUGAUUUUGUUCUGUGAUAGUUUCAAUUUUGUCCUUUGUUUUAUAGAUAUUUAUAGAGUCACAAUUAACAUCACAAGAAAUGGAGUUGGAGAAAGUGGUUUUGUUUUAAACUAAAGAAAAACCCACAGCAAACUUUUACUGUUUCUAAAAAUGUAGAUGCUGUGUGAGUUUGGGCCGCGAGUUCUGGGAGGGGGGGCCUCCAAGAUUUUGUGCCCAUGGGCCUCUUCAUUCUAAAUCCGUGCCUGGUCAGGCCUGCACAGCAUGUGGCUAUCAGCGUUACUGGCAGAAUCAAAAUAUGCUGCACCGAAACAUGCCUGCCUGCAAUCUUCAACACCGCGGUGCCAUUCACUUUUUGGGCUGCAUGGCUACUCAGACCAUCAGAAUGCUGAAGCUGUUUGGGCUGCAGUGCAUCAGUGCAAGCACUUUUUUCCACCAUCAGCGCCUCUACACAAUUCCUACCAUCAUGCAGGCCUGGCAGAAUGGGAUCAUCAGAGAGUUGAAGGAUAUUGGGGGUGGACUGGUGACUGCAGGUAGUACGAUUCAGCUCCUAUUGCUGAUACAGAAAACAGGCCAAAACAGUAUUAACAGAUACAUAACGUGUCUGUGAUUUUUGUUUCCAUUAACCUACAAAAAACCUGUCUUUGACAUUCAUAGAUCAGACUCUCCAGGACAUUGUGCCAAAUAUGGAACAUAUUCCUUCAUUGAAGACCGAAUAAACAUGGUUUUGGAUCUUCAACUUGUCCAGAGCUCAGAAGUCCAAAGCAGCACCUGGUGUGAGAUAGAGGGUCUGAAGCGCAGUGUGCGGUUCCUGAAGGACCAAGGCAUGCAGGUGUCAGCCCUAAUAACCGACAGAAAUCGCCAGGUUGCUAAGUGGGUCAGUGAGGUGUUGUGUCCAGAAGGAACAAGCCAUUUCUACGACAUCUGGCAUAUUGGGAAAAGUCUACAAAAAGCACUGGAUACUGUGGCCAAGGAGAAGGAUUGCGAGGACCUGAAGCUAUGGAGACCCGCCAUCAUCAACCAUUUAUACUGGACUGCGUCUUCCUCCCCAAAUGGCGAUCCCGAUAAGAUGGAGGCCAAGUGGCAGAGCAUGCUGAACCAAGUUCAGGAUAUACAUGAACACAGCUACCUUUCAUUUCUGCAAUGUGCACACCCACUUCUGAAAGGAGAGGGAAGAAACAAGCAGUGGCUGGAACCAGGAUCAACAGCUGCGAUAAAGUUGGAAAGUGUUGCUUCCAGAAAGGCCCUGCUGAAGGAUAUUCGACAGCUUUCACUGCAACACCAAACAUUUUCCUUGGAGGCAUUCCAUUCUUUAAUCCUUCUUGGAAUGUACAGCAAGUAAAUGUUGAUGAAGGUUAAUGGAUGAAUAUGGCUAUAGCUAAUGCAGUCUAACACAGCAACCAAAACCUCAUUGAAAAAGGUCAAAAUUGUUCAAUACAACAGCAUCACAUAGCCUGCUGUCCGUAGAAAAAAAAAUGAAAUCGAAUCAUCGCUUCUUGAAACAUUUUUAACCUUACUAACCUCAUGCUGGAAUGUAUUGUA